UGUACUUAAUAACUUACCUGCAAAUAAUCCGAAGUCAACUUUUCCUUUUAUAUAAAUAAAAAUGGCAUUCAAAUGUGGUACAUUUUGGAAAGAGCUUCAAAGACUUAAUCACACAGUUGACAAACUAACAUUAGGUCAAGUAAAAAUAGAAAAUGUUAAUCUUCAUAUUGAUGACACUUCAGAUGAUACCAAACAAGCUUUUUACAUUCAAGUUACUCCUAAAGAUGGACAUUACAAAGGAGCUUUAAUAAAAUUCCAGGUUGAAGCACCUGUGUCAUAUCCUGCACAAGCUCCAAUAGUUAAAUGCUUGAAUAGCAUAUACCACCCAAACAUUGAUCUUGGGGAACAAAACAUUGUCUGUGUAAGCCUGCUGGACAAAGACUGGCAACCAGGUGUUGGCUUGGAUGGUUGCGUCAUGGCUGUGCUCUUUCUAUUUUACCAUCCUAAUUUUUUGGAUGCUUUAAAUGUCGCUUUUGAUGGUCAGGAAAUGAAUGAAUCUGAGUUCCAUAAAAAUGUAAGGGCGUCUCUGAGGGGUGAAGAAGUGGAGGGAUUUAUUUUUGACCGACUGUUACCUGAAGACUAUACAGAUGAUAUUUCAAGUGAACCCAGUAUUAAAAAGGACAUUUUUCAUGACGAAACAAGAAAUAAAAAGAGAUCUGAUGCUGGUGAUAUAAAUUUUAUCAUAAAAAAUGAGAAAAACAAUCAAAAUUUAGUUAACCAACAUUAUAGAGUAUCAAAUAUGAAAAAGAAUGAAACUCUGACAUGAAUAGUAUUGUACAUCAUACCUGUUAUUCAACACAAAACAUUUUCAACGGAGGAUGUUGAUAGCAGUUUCAAAAAUGAAAGUGACUCAUGAUAUAAUAAUUACAUAACCUAAAGGAAUAUGAUAUUUUUAUUGCAUUUUGAAGCCAGUAACAAUUUGACAUAAGUAGAACAAGAUAUUCUUUACAAAGUGAUUAUUGAAAACUAAAACAAAAUAUGUAGUCCUCAUUUAAUAAUAAAUUACAAA